AUGUUAUCAGUUCAAGCUGAUGAGGAGUGUGAAGAGGCGUACGCAGAACUGCUGUCCCUUUACGAGGCCAGGGCUCAAAGCGUUCCCCAGCGGAGGGCCUCAGCAGCUCCCUUGGAAGAAACUGGCAACGCUCCAAAACAUGAGAGCGACACGGAAGAGCUGUCCACCUCUUUCUCCACAGCAGGGGGCGCUGUGGACCACCAGCCAAUCAGGACGCUGGAGGAGGAGCGUGAGCGUUCCCUGCGUCAGCACAUCGAGGCGCUGAAGAGGGAGCGUGCCGCCAUGAGUCUCCCCAGAGCAGAGGUCAAGCCGGUCCCAGGGUCUCCAGGCGGACUCACCCACAAGGAGAAAGCCCCCCUCCUCUACGAGCUCAUCUCUGCACGGGAGGAGAUGUCCGACCUGCGUGCUCUGAUCCGCCUCAAAGAAAAAGAACUGCGCUGUAUCGAGUGGAGUCUCAUGGCCCAGAAAGAGGCCUCUGGCGCCUUCAUACCGGAGCGGGACGACCUGGAGCGGGACGGCCUGGAGCGGGACGGCCUGGAGCGGGACGGCCUGGAGCGGGACGGCCUGGAGCGGGACGGCCUGGAGCAGCACUGCAGCGACCAACAGAGCCUGUGCGAGGUGGCUGCUAAACUGGGCCCAGAAGGAGACCACUCCAGACCCACCCUGAGGCUGCAGGCCGUUCUCCACAGGGAGCAGGCCUUAAAGAAGAGGCUGGCCUUGGUUCAGGACUCGGUGAACACGACUCCUCCAGACGCCAGUGUUCAGAGGAGAGACAGCGGAGAGAUGGCCCGACUCACCCAGGCCCACAGUAAGGCCCUGAGCUCAUAUCGUCAGAUGAAGAGGAAGUAUCGUGAGCACGUGUGGAGGCUGGAGCAGAAGGUUGUGGCCAUGAUGGAGGCCCCAGCUGGAAGCGGUCAGGAGGUUAAGGCAAAGGCUGUGAGUCACGCCCGCGGGUCAGGGGAGGGGGGGGGGGUGUCAGAGGAGGGGGGUGGGAGGGGGCUGUUGUGUUUGCCACUGAUGCAGAAGGGGUUUCAAUCACAGGACCAAGCUGACCUCAGUCGACUGCUUACAGAGGGGUUUCAGUCACAGGACCAAGCUGACCUCAGUCGACUGCUUACAGAGGGGUUUCAGUCACAGGACCAAGCUGACCUCAGUCGACUGCUUACAGAGGGGUUUCAGUCACAGGACCCAGCUGACCUCAGUCGACUGCUUACAGAGGGGUUUCAGUCACAGGACCAAGCUGACCUCAGUCGACUGCUUACAGAGGGGUUUCAGUCACAGGACCAAGCUGACCUCAGUCGACUGCUUACAGAGGGGUUUCAGUCACAGGACCCAGCUGACCUCAGUCGACUGCUUACAGAGGGGUUUCAGUCACAGGACCAAGCUGACCUCAGUCGACUGCUUACAGAGGGGUUUCAGUCACAGGACCAAGCUGACCUCAGUCGACUGCUUACAGAGGGGUUUCAGUCACAGGACCAAGCUGACCUCAGUCGACUGCUUACAGAGGGGUUUCAGUCACAGGACCAAGCUGACCUCAGUCGACUGCUUACAGAGGGGUUUCAAUCACAGGACCAAGCUGACCUCAGUCGACUGCUUACAGAGGGGUUUCAAUCACAGGACCAAGCUGACCUCAGUCGACUGCUUACAGAGGGGUUUCAAUCACAGGACCAAGCUGACCUCAGUCGACUGCUUACAGAGGGGUUUCAGUCACAGGACCAAGCUGACCUCAGUCGACUGCUUACAGAGGGGUUUCAGUCACAGGACCCAGCUGACCUCAGUCGACUGCUUACAGAGGGGUUUCAGUCACAGGACCAAGCUGACCUCAGUCGACUGCUUACAGAAGGGUUUCAGUCACAGGACCAAGCUGACCUCAGUCGACUGCUUACAGAGGGGUUCCAGUCACAGGACCAAGCUGACCUCAGUCGACUGCUUACAGAGGGGUUUCAGUCACAGGACCAAGCUGACCUCAGUCGACUGCUUACAGAGGGGUUUCAGUCACAGGACCAAGCUGACCUCAGUCGACUGCUUACAGAGGGGUUUCAGUCACAGGACCAAGCUGACCUCAGUCGACUGCUUACAGAGGGGUUUCAGUCACAGGACCAAGCUGACCUCAGUCGACUGCUUACAGAGGGGUUUCAGUCACAGGACCAAGCUGACCUCAGUCGACUGCUUACAGAGGGGUUUCAGUCACAGGACCAAGCUGACCUCAGUCGACUGCUUACAGAGGGGUUUCAGUCACAGGACCAAGCUGACCUCAGUCGACUGCUUACAGAGGGGUUUCAGUCACAGGACCAAGCUGACCUCAGUCGACUUCUUACAGAGGGGUUUCAAUCACAGGACCAAGCUGACCUCAGUCGACUGCUUACAGAGGGGUUUCAAUCACAGGACCAAGCUGACCUCAGUCGACUGCUUACAGAGGGGUUUCAGUCACAGGACCAAGCUGACCUCAGUCGACUGCUUACAGAAGGGUUUCAGUCACAGGACCAAGCUGACCUCAGUCGACUGCUUACAGAGGGGUUUCAGUCACAGGACCAAGCUGACCUCAGUCGACUGCUUACAGAGGGGUUUCAGUCACAGGACCCAGCUGACCUCAGUCGACUGCUUACAGAGGGGUUUCAGUCACAGGACCAAGCUGACCUCAGUCGACUGCUUACAGAAGGGUUUCAGUCACAGGACCAAGCUGACCUCAGUCGACUGCUUACAGGGGGUUCCAGUCACAGGACCAAGCUGACCUCAGUCGACUGCUUACAGAGGGGUUUCAGUCACAGGACCAAGCUGACCUCAGUCGACUGCUUACAGAGGGGUUUCAGUCACAGGACCAAGCUGACCUCAGUCGACUGCUUACAGAGGGGUUUCAAUCACAGGACCAAGCUGACCUCAGUCGACUGCUUACAGAGGGGUUUCAAUCACAGGACCAAGCUGACCUCAGUCGACUGCUUACAGAGGGGUUUCAGUCACAGGACCAAGCUGACCUCAGUCGACUGCUUACAGAGGGGUUUCAGUCACAGGACCAAGCUGACCUCAGUCGACUGCUUACAGAGGGGUUUCAGUCACAGGACCAAGCUGACCUCAGUCGACUGCUUACAGAGGGGUUUCAGUCACAGGACCAAGCUGACCUCAGUCGACUGCUUACAGAGGGGUUCCAGUCACAGGACCAAGCUGACCUCAGUCGACUGCUUACAGAGGGGUUUCAGUCACAGGACCAAGCUGACCUCAGUCGACUGCUUACAGAGGGGUUUCAGUCACAGGACCAAGCUGACCUCAGUCGACUGCUUACAGAGGGGUUUCAGUCACAGGACCAAGCUGACCUCAGUCGACUGCUUACAGAGGGGUUUCAGUCACAGGACCAAGCUGACCUCAGUCGACUGCUUACAGAGGGGUUUCAGUCACAGGACCAAGCUGACCUCAGUCGACUGCUUACAGAGGGGUUUCAGUCACAGGACCAAGCUGACCUCAGUCGACUGCUUACAGAGGGGUUUCAGUCACAGGACCAAGCUGACCUCAGUCGACUGCUUACAGAGGGGUUUCAAUCACAGGACCAAGCUGACCUCAGUCGACUGCUUACAGAGGGGUUUCAGUCACAGGACCAAGCUGACCUCAGUCGACUGCUUACAGAGGGGUUUCAAUCACAGGACCAAGCUGACCUCAGUCGACUGCUUACAGAGGGGUUUCAGUCACAGGACCAAGCUGACCUCAGUCGACUGCUUACAGAGGGGUUUCAGUCACAGGACCAAGCUGACCUCAGUCGACUGCUUACAGAGGGGUUUCAGUCACAGGACCAAGCUGACCUCAGUCGACUUCUUACAGAGGGGUUUCAGUCACAGGACCAAGCUGACCUCAGUCGACUGCUUACAGAGGGGUUUCAAUCACAGGACCAAGCUGACCUCAGUCGACUGCUUACAGAGGGGUUUCAGUCACAGGACCAAGCUGACCUCAGUCGACUGCUUACAGAGGGGUUUCAGUCACAGGACCCAGCUGACCUCAGUCGACUGCUUACAGAGGGGUUUCAGUCACAGGACCAAGCUGACCUCAGUCGACUGCUUACAGAGGGGUUUCAGUCACAGGACCAAGCUGACCUCAGUCGACUGCUUACAGAGGGGUUUCAGUCACAGGACCAAGCUGACCUCAGUCGACUGCUUACAGAGGGGUUUCAAUCACAGGACCAAGCUGACCUCAGUCGACUGCUUACAGAGGGGUUUCAGUCACAGGACCAAGCUGACCUCAGUCGACUGCUUACAGAGGGGUUUCAAUCACAGGACCAAGCUGACCUCAGUCGACUGCUUACAAGUGGAUGACACACACUACAUGUGUCAUCCUCCCUCCGGCUCGCACUGA